UAAUGACGUAAUUGAUUGAAAUAAUAAAUGAAUCGAUGAUUGAGUCAUAGGUUUGUCAUUAAAGGACUCAAUGACUGACCGAUUGUUUGUAAACAUUGUUGACAUUUGUAGUGAUGUUUGACUUUGAAUACAAUCAUCUGAUUGAAGACCAUUGACUGACACUCAAAGACCAAAAAGUGAUCACAAAUGGGAAACUUGUGGAGUGGUCGACAAAAUGGUCGCAUUGAGGAAGUGGACAACAGUAGUGAUAAUGUGUAUUGUUAUCCACCGAAAAGUGGUCACUACUUCAGCAGUCACUUCAUUAUGGGUGGCGAGAGGUUUGAGUCGUGUUCUCCCGAAGCCUAUCUGUUCGGUGAAAACAUGGAUCUAAACUUCUUAGGCAGUCAUCCGACACCAUUCCCAUACUCAGCUCCCUUACCACAAGAACCCACUCGCACUUUAAGAGCAUUGAUUAAUAUUAGGAAAGAAUCGCUUCGAUUGAUUCGCGUUGUGACCAAUUGUGAUGAUAUUAAAGAUAAAGAUGUAUUGGAUGUGUUGUCACCAACCGAUGAGACCAAUGCUGACACAAAUAAAGAAAUUGUUUACAACAUUGAGUUUGCCUUUGAUUCAGAUGUCAGAUGUGCCAUAACUAUACACUAUUUGUGUACUGAAGAAGUCACUUCCAAUGGACUCAUUUAUACUUCAAAAGAGUCAAACAUGAGUUCAGAGACUUUUUUCUUUAAGAGAGGUCCAAAUCAAUUGUUUAGCCAAUCUUCUCAUGUCUUCAAUCCAUCACUUUUUUCUGAUGAAGAGCUCACUUAUCGUACGAUUGAUGAAAAAGGAGAAUAUGAUGGAUCUGUUUUACUUCCCGUUGUUAUACAUUGUGUGGCCCAAGAAGGCGAAGAGCCGCGACAGUCACACACUUUGAUUGCUGUCGUUGAACGUAAUCAUGAAAAUACUCAUAUAAUCAAACCAUUGAAACAAAAGCUUUUUGUCGAUGGCUUAACUUAUUUGUUGCAAGAAAUCUAUGGAAUUGAAAACAAAAACGCAUUGACUGUCACAGGAGAUACUUCUUUAUCAAAUAAUAAUGACGAAGAUAUCGAAGACAAUGCAAGUGAAUGUGUUAUUUGUAUGAGUGAUUCAAGAGAUACACUUAUACUUCCGUGUCGUCAUCUUUGUCUUUGCAAUGGUUGUGCCGAUUCAUUACGAUAUCAAGCCAACAACUGUCCCAUAUGUAGGGCGCCUUUUAGGGCAUUACUUCAAUUAAAAGCUGUUAGAAAAGCAUUUGUUCCAAAUAUAGGAUCAAAUCCAAGCACUUAUGUUAAUCAUCACCAGCUUAUGUCUUCUAAUAGUUCUACUGAUUUAGUGGACAUACCUCCUGGUUAUGAACCAAUUUCUUUAAUCGAAGCACUAAACGGUCCCAAUUCACAUUCAUUAUCGCCGUUCAAAACGAAUUGUGGUGGAAGUGAAACACCAAUUAAUGUUAGAAAAUACCAUAAAAAUGAACAAAAGUCAAGAAAAGGUAAUCAAAUGUUUAAUACAAGCAAUGGAUCUGAUGUUCCAACCGAUACGGUAACAGUUAUGACAAGAGCUCCAGUUGUUCGUUCACGAGUGUCAACUGCUAGCAGUCCUACAACUCCUGAAGUUGUUGUUUCUGAAAUUCCUGUUUCACCGAUAAAAGACAACGUAGACAACAAUCUAAAUAUUGAAGUGAAUGAACGCGAGUUAUGGCGGCGAUCAUUGGUUACGAAUUCAAAACCAAUCAAAUCGGUUGAUGAUAACGGAAGUGCUUCAUCUUCUACUUCUUCAACAGGAAUUGUUGAGAAUAUUGCACUUCAAGAAAGAGUUAGACUUUUAUCUCAAGAAAAGUGUGAAGACGAAUGUGAUUAUAUGAAUGAAAAUGAAGAUAAAGAGAAGAUUACUCGAGAGGACAAUCAGUUUGAAGGUUUUGCGGUCAACGCAAUGAAGGAUUCGCCCGGAAAUUCGAGUCCUGUCUCUAUUGGAAUCUCUUCUGCUUCCUAUCCAAUGUUGAGCUUAAGAGACGGAAUUGAUGACCAACAGGCUAUGGAUCCAGAAGAUGAUCUUCUCUCAGUUGCCACUAUUAGCAGCACUAAUAACAUACUCAUUCGUCCCGAAGAUUUAUGCGAUAACUUUAAUCCAUCCGAUUAUAAAAGUAAAUGUAAUCAAACUCUUUCCUCAUUUAAUCAUAAUUUUGAUACUAAUUUACUCAUUUCUGGAGCGGAAAUCCCUCAACAAAUCAUUGAAACCAAACAAAUGGAUAAAUCGCCAAAUAUGGUUAAAAAAUCACAUGAAAUAAAACAAAUGUCAAUUCGUGUGAAAUUAGCUGAAACAGAGAUUAUAGACGAUUUGGAUACUGAUUCUAAUGAUGUAUAAAUUAGUUGAAAAACAUAACAUAUAUUAUAAAAUCAUUUAUUUAAAUUAACUUUAAAUUUUAAAAUAAAAAUAAAUA